AUGGACUACAACUACUUCAACUCGCCGCCGUCCCAGCCGUAUCUCUUCAACGGCCUCCCUCCGACACCAAGCUACGACAACGCCUCAGCCACGGCUAUAGACAGCUUUCAAGCUCCCGGCCAAAGUCUUGGCCCCUUCCUCCCCGAGCCCGAUUAUGAUGCCCUCACGUACGCCUUUGAGUCCUCUGACUUCAUCCUCACUGCCUCCGGCUCGCCGCCAAUACCACAGGUUUCAUACGUCGCGGACGGCCUCGCAAGGGUCGACGCCGAGGAUAGCGGACGAAGACGCAGUGGAGGCAGAACAAGGAGUAGCAGCGAGGAGGACCGGGAGCAGGACAAGGGCCUGACGCCGGCGCAGUGGCGGCGAAAAGAACAGAAUCGAGCUGCCCAACGCGCCUUCCGCGAGCGCAAAGAACGCCAUCUCAGGGACCUUGAAGACAAGCUCGAGGCCCUCUCGUCCCAGCACGCGACUCUCGCGUCCACAAAUUCGCGCCUCCUCGCUGAGCUCGAGUGCGCACGCGUUGAGAACGAUAUUCUACGCGCGUCUUCCUCCUCGGAUCCGCACCUUAUCCGCCCGCCCAGUCCCACCGACCUGCAUACUGGCGGUGAUGGGCCGGAACUCAAAGAGCCGCCCGAAAUACAAGGACAAGAAGAAGCACAUUACACCCGCGCCCCCGCCGCGCCCCCUGUGUUCCCCACCCCCGCAUAUCUGUCCCAAGGGACCCAAGGCACCUACCUCUCGCCAUCCGCGGCCUGGGAUAUGAUCCAAUCGCACCCACUAGUCCGCGACGGGGGUGUGGAUAUCACGGAAGUGGCGGCGCGGCUGCAGAGGCGCGCGACGUGUGACGGCACGGGGGGACCUGUGUUCGAAGCUGGGGCGGUGAGAGAAGCGGUGGAGGGGGCGACGAGGAUUGGUGGGAACGGAUUGGGAUAG